AUGUCUCCUCAGAUCUGGCUCAUCACUGGUACCUCCUCUGGCUUCGGCGGACUUCUCACAAAGGCUGCCCUCGCUCACGGCGACAAAGUCAUCGCGACUGCUCGUGACCCAGCUAAAAUCGCGGACCUAAAAGCCCUCGGUGCUGCGACCCUUGCGCUCGAUGUUACCGACACCGAAGAAAAUGUCAAUAAGACUAUCUCUGCUGCAGUUGAAAUCUAUGGUCACAUCGAUAUCUUGGUCAACAAUGCUGCUUAUAUCCUUGAGGGUGCUAUUGAAGAGUGCAGUCCGGAAGAGGAGUUCAAAUCCUGGAAUACCAAUGUCUUCGGUGUCACGAAGGUGCUCCGUGCGGUUCUGCCCUACAUGCGACUUCGCAAAUCCGGCGUGAUAGCGAAUAUGGGGUCGAUUGGCGGUUGGAGAGGCUUCGGUGGAGCCGGUAUGUACGGUGCAAGCAAGUUUGCGAUUGCUGGACUGAGCGAGUGCCUUCGUCAAGAAGUUGCACCACUCGGGAUAGAGGUUGUGUGCAUUGAACCAGGUUACUUCCGUACCAAUUUUUUGGCACCGGGACAUCGUACAUCGAGUGUGAAACACAUCGCCGACUAUGACCCUGUGAUGGAGCCUCUGAGGAACAUGUUGUCGGCAUACAAUGGCAAGCAACCAGGGGACCCUGAAAAGGGUGCGCGAGUGAUUGUUGAGAUUUUGACGAAGACAGGAAGGGUGCAGGGGAAGGCCUUGCCCGGCAGAAUCCCAUUAGGGUCGGAUGCAUUGAAGGUGAUUGGAGGGUUUUGUACGGAUACUGGGAAGACCCUUGAAGAGUGGAAGGAUAUUGCAGGCUCAACGGAUCAUGACGAUGUUGCCAAGAAUUAG